AUGGAGGAGGAGAAGCAUCGCAUGCUGUAUCAGGGCAUGGAUCCCUCUCAGGCAUCGCCCAGACCUAUAUCCCAGUCGCCCUCGGAGCCACCCACCUACGAUGAUGCCAUGGCCACAGAGCCACCGCUGGCCCACUUGGGCUUUCCGGCCGAUCGUCGGCGUACCUUCUUUGCAGAGCCGCAACACCUGAGAUAUCGCCUGGAGGAGAUGCCCUAUUUGGUGAGCGAGCAGCCCCAGUUGCAGGUGGUUCCAGAACUCCCGGAGGAGGCGGAGUUGCAGGAGGAGCCAGAGAUGCAGGAGCUGCCGUUGGAGAAUCCAAAUCCAGAGAGGAGGGAGCAACGCAUCCUGGAGCAUCCAGCUCCAGUGCAUAAUUUCUUUGAGCUGACACCCCAGCCAAAGCUGGGCUCCCGGGCUCUGGAGAUCAUGUGCCCAGCUUGUGGUCAGCAGGGAGUGACUAGUGUGCGGAGGACAGCACAUACUCGGACCCAUGUUUCGGCCUUGUUGCUGUGCACUUUUGGCUGGUGCUGCUGUGCCUGCCUGUGGCCGUACUUGCUCAAGGGGUGUCGGAUAACGAGGCAUUACUGCUCCGUCUGCGAGAUAUUCCUGGGGGCGCAUUAUCCCAGGGGCUGCUGUGGAUAGGCCGGAUGCCGAGAGUCAGGAUUCAGGAGUCAGUAGCCAGGAUCGGUCUCGGAUUUCAGCCAUUGAGAGUAUUUCCAUGUGUGUGUGCUUGUGUGUGUGUGUGUGUGUGUGUGAAUAAAGCUGACCACAAGGA